AGAAUCUUUGACUUGAACAUUCUUAAAUGUCAAACGAUGAGUACACAUGAACUGUAUCCAGAAAAACAAGAGAUAUGUGAAGCAGAGGAUAAACCCACCUACUCCAUUUUUCAUUGAAAUCCUUUUUAUUAUUAUUACUACCACAAUUUCAUUUCAUUUCAUCUUCCAAAUUCCCCAACCCACCACCAUGACAGUUGAAACGAGCAACACGCCGCCACAUAUCCUGAUCAUUCCAUUCCCAGCUCAAGGUCACAUGAUACCCCUCCUUGAUCUAACCCACAAACUCGCCACCACUAACAAAAACAUCACCAUCACCAUUCUCACAACCCCAAAAAACCAAACAUUCUUAACCCCUCUUCUCAACUCUCACCCUUCAAUAAUCCACCCCUUAAUUCUCCCUUUCCCUUCUCACCCAUUAAUCCCACCUGGAAUUGAAAACGCCAAAGAUUUACCAAACUCAGUUCGUAACAUCAUGCUUUCUCUCUCAAAUCUCCACCACCCAGUUCUAGAAUGGUUUCAUUCACAUCCUUCACCUCCUAACUACAUCAUCUCCGACAUGUUUUGUGGUUGGACACAAAACCUUGCUUCUGAACUCAACAUUCGUAGACUCGUUUUUUCUCCUUCAGGUGCUUUUGCUUUCUCCACUAUGUGUUUCCUCUGGAAGAAUCUUCCAAUACGAGAAAACCCUGUCGAUGAAAACGAGGUUGUUUUGUAUCAUGAUAUUCCGAAUUCCCCAAAAUACCCUUGGUGGCAAGUUUCUCCUUUGUUUCGUAGCUAUGUUUCCGGUGACACUGAUUCGGAGAAACUCAGAGAUUUGUUUCUUUGUAAUAGUCAAAGCUGGGGACUUAUUGUUAACACUUUUGAUGAAUUUGAAAAGCCUUAUCUUGAUUAUUUGAAAACUGAACUGGGUCAUGAUCGUGUGUGGGCGGUUGGAUCGUUACUCCCUGUGGAUGAUUCUUCUACAAUGGCUUUGCAGAGAGGUGGUUCUAGUUCUGUUUCAGUAAACGAUGUCGUUUCAUGGCUUGAUCAAAGACAAUAUAAAACAGUGGUUUAUGUGUGUUUUGGGAGUCUAACUAUUCUUACAAAGGAUCAAACGGACGCUAUUGCAUCUGGGUUGUUCAAAAGUGGGGUGCACUUUAUUUGGUCGAUAAAGGAGGGUGUGAAGACAAAAAACGAAAAUGAGGAGGAUUUGGAUUUUGAAAAUGCUGUUUGUGGUAGAGGUCUUGUGAUUAGAGGAUGGGUCCCACAAGUGUUGAUAUUGAGGCAUAAGGCUGUGGGUGCAUUUUUGACUCAUUGUGGAUGGAACUCGGUGUUGGAAUCGGUGGUGGCUGGAGUGCCGUGUCUUGCGUGGCCAAUGACCGCAGAUCAAUUUGUGGAUGCUACAUUGCUUGUGGAUGAAUUGAAAGUGGCUAAGAAAGUUUGUGAGGGUGGACAAAGUGUUCCGGACUCGGAUGAGUUGGCUAGAGUUUUGGCCGAGUCUGUUGGAGGGAAUGGAGAGGAAAUGAGUAGGGCGUUGAAAUUGAAGCAAGCGGCGGUUGAUGCUGUUAGAGAAGGUGGAAGUUCUGAUAAGGAUUUGCGAUGUUUGAUUGAUCAACUUGUUUUAUCAUUGUAGAUCAAACAUUUGAUUUUUCGAUUUGAAAGGGGUAUAUGAUUGAACAUUGAAGUAAUCUUUUUGAUAUUUUGCCAAACCAAAAUUGAGUAAACAAUAUGUUUUGUAA